AUGCAGCAGGAUGCAUCGUUUCCAUCCCCUGAUGCUUGCAAGGCCAACUCGUCUUCUAAUCUGGGUGAAACGCCGGUCCGCAUCAAGGCGACUCAAAGCGCAUCUCGCAUGAAAUACAAUCCCGCUGCAGCUCGCAGAGCUAUGAUGCAAGAGCUUGGAAGGACCAUACCGGAGGUCGAGAUUGACUUCUUUCAGACACAUUUCCUUCCUCCGCUUCCUGCAGGUGUCGACAUUGACCAGGUAGUCAGGGAGCUCCGCGAAGGUGAUCACAUCAAAGGAAAUCAUUGUGCGAAAUUUCCAGAGGAUCCCAAAAAUUCCUCCCAGUGCGAGGACAGCUGCUUCAAACCUCUCACAGAUGUGGCAACAGCUAUCGCAAAGGUCGCAAGCACGAUGUCACGCAAGAAACAGCUAUUCGAGUUUGCCCAGAACCCAACCAACGCGCCAAAGUCCAAGACGAGGAUGUCGAAAAGUCGCCCAGAUGGAUGUUUCAUCCGCAAGUCAGGGCCUCGGGGUAGGUUCCGAUGGAUGGACAUUGCGCUUUCCGCUCAAUUCAAGAAGGUGGAGAACGCUAAAACUCAAGAUGAUGAUGUUCGAAAGGUUAUCUGGAGCAUGCAUCACUGCAUGCGAGAGGAUGCGAGACGUCGGUUCACCUAUGGGCUCACAAUUGAAAAUAGGACGAUGCGGAUGUGGUUCUGCAGCCGCACAGAGUUGUUUGUGAGCAAGCCAAUUGAUUUCAUUUCAGCACAUCAUGAAGUGGUUCAUUUCUUCGUCGCGAUGAUGUAUGCGGCUGAACAUGAGGCGGGAUGGGAUCCCACAAUGCAAUACGUGCGCAAGAAGAACGGGAAGAACGACGAGCUUGAACUGGACAAAGAAGAUAAACCCCGGCUCGACAUCGAUGUCCGAGAUCAGAAUGGAACAGUCGUACGAUAUCGGACGAUAAGAUGGUUAUCAGACGAUGGCGCAAAUGAUCUGCGAAGCAGGGGUACGCGUGUCUGGGAGGUGUGUAUACUAAGUGACGACGGCGAGGAAGGUGUCGAUCGCUUUGCUCUCAAAGACCAGUGGAUCGAUGCCGAUCGACAACGAGAAGGCAUGAUCAUCGAGCAGCUUCGGAAUGCGAAAACAAAGAAGUCGACAAGAGACAUUAUCGACCGAUCGCUACUCACUGUGGAACGUCACGGAGAUGUCUACGUGGAGGGCAUGCACGAUCAUACCCACAGUCUCAUGACGCGCGAUGGUGUACCGCCCUUGCAUAUUGGCUUCAAAUUCCAACAGAUUCCGGAGGAUGGGGUUAAAGAGACCACUACAACCAAGCUAAGAAAACGAACACAGGCAGGCGUGGGCAACUACCAGACUCCAAAUGAGCUAAGGACCGCCUCUGCGCAGAAGAUCGAGACGUACCAUCCAAAGGUCCAUUACCGUAUCGUGUUCAAAGAGGUAUGCAAGCCGCUUCGCGAAUACACUUCGCUUAAGGAUAUUUUUUAUAUCCUCAUCAAUGCUGCAGGUGCACUGAUAGCCUUGCAUGAUGUUGGAUGGGUGCAUCGUGACAUGAGCAUAGGCAACCUCCUGGGUUUCGUUCUCAAUGGAGUGCUGUGUUGCAAGCUGUCAGAUCUCGAAUAUGCCACGAUGCUGGGUGAUAGUAUGGGCCACGAAAUCCGGACUGGCACUAGAUCCUUCAUGUCAGUCGAAGUCUACGACCUUGAGUACAGAUUCCUGCCAGAAUCACAGGGAGCACAGCCCAAGCCACCUCCCAAAGUAGCGAUCCUAGACCGGAUUAAAUCCAUACAACUUGGCAAACCUGAAAACAACGAUAUGCCUGUCCGCAAAAAAGGCCGCACCGUGAAAGGCCGCACCGUGCCCUUCCGGUACAACCCCCUUCAUGAUAUUGAAUCCCUUUGGUGGGUGGCAAUAUACUUCGUCUUGAACACAUCGGUGGUCAAGGUCGGUGGCGAACCCCCAUCCAUGGACGCGUCGCAGCGGGGACACUACUUCAGUCAGAAAAUGUACACCGAGUUUUUGGCCAGAUCGUCGCACGCAAGAUUUAUGGCGUUACGGUACGAGACUGACCUGAAGAAGCAAAUGGUCUAUUUACACACUGCCAUACGGGGGAUCGCUAUCAAGCUCAACGAGAUCAGGGAGCAACUAGUCAGCUGUUAUUUAGAGGCUGAGCAGGAUCUAGGCGCAAUCGAUCACACAGUCGGCCACGACCUCCUCUAUAACGUCUUCAUAACAUUAUUUGGAAAGAUUAUUAGCAAGCUCCAGGAAAAGGACAUUCAGACCGACAUUCUACGCAAUGAUCCACGUCAACAUGUCGAGGACCCGUUCGAGAUCCCGUCUGCCGACGGUCAAAACAGCGUUACCGACGGCAAUGGUCCCGCUAAUGACGAUACAGAAGAAAAUUCAGACGGAGGUGACCAGGGAUCCGCCCUCGCAGCUCUAACUCGAGAGGUGAGCGUCGGAGACAUGACUGAAGAGGCAACUGCCAAGGAUGAGCCCCUUGUCGAAGGACGCUCUACUCGUCCGCAGCGCAAGCGUGCUCCUCCCGUCCGAUAUGGGUCACAGUCCAAUGUGCAGAAGGGCACGACGCGCAAGACCGCGUCAUCGUCAUCAACUCUGACUACCGCAACACAGGCUGCGACGGGCCAAUCAACCUCACGGACUACGUCUAACACCAAGGCGACGACAAGGUCUAGCACGAAGGCCAAGACGAAGACGAAGAGAAAUACGAAGUAG